AUAAUAGGUGUAUCUGCAGGAUAAGUCGUCGCUAAACGCCGAACGUAAUGCACGUCUUAUUUAAGUAGUAAAUAAACUUAACCAAAUACUUCUUACGAUAAAUAGUUAAAUUGGUUUAAAAUGUUAUUAAAAAAAAGUGUAGUGUUAUUUUUUGUUUUUGCCGAUGGUCUUGUCAAGGAACCAAUGUUAGAGAUACCUAAUCUGAACCACAUAUUUGACAAUCUGUCAAAGAAUGAGUGGGAUGCUGAUGAGGUGCCCUGCCGUGACAAAAUAUUUAACAUUCUGGAAAAUGUCAAAAACUCUACGCUAUGGGCCACAUGGGUAUGGAACUCCAUCGACCAGUCGCCAACGGGCAUCUUCUUCGGCGCCCGCUACCACUUGGGGAACUACGACCAGUGCCUACGUCCACCCUGGUUCGCAACACACCCGGAAUUACGCACUCAAUAUUGUUUAGCGGAAAUAGAGAUGAAUAAAGAUGGCGUCAAGAAAAUGGAAGUAGUUUCCGAUCCUUACGUUAGGGCUGAGGACUAUUACCUCGAUACUAAAUUAUACUACGGUCGUAGUUUCUCAUACAUAGCACACGGGGUGUGCCUUCCCGCGGGGUGUCCGACCAAGUCCGCGGAGAAGUUUGUGAAGGCGCUCAUGAGCACGGGGUACUUGCGCGCGGCCAAGGAUGCAGCCAUCUCUAUACACCACUGUGAGGAAGCAGCGGCCCCGAGGGAAUAUUCUACGGGAUAUUACGUGUUUGUGUACGCUUUCGUAGUGCUGCUGUUCAUAGCUGUAGCUUCAACAUACUAUGUUAGCGAGUAUCCAGUCACCGCUAGUUCUAACUCAUUUGUUAAUCACGUUGCAAAAUCGUUCUGCCUUCGCCGCAACUGGAAUACAGUGUUAAAAUCAGACAAGGAUGAACUACCAUGCUUGCACGGCAUCCGCUUCCUGACGGCGAUCAUAGUCGCCUUCGUCCACUGCUUAGCAAUUGCACACGGGACUUCGGUUAGCAAUGGCAUAGAUUUUGACAGGAUGGCAACGGAUAAACCAGCAAUGGCGCUUGUGACGACUCAUUUUGAUUUAUUAGUGGACACAUUCUUCUCAUUUUCUGGACUUCUAAUGGGAAAAAGUCUCGCCACGUUGGAUAUAACCAAACCAUACAGUUUAUUGAAGAAUAUUAUAAAACGAUAUAUAAGACUGGUCGUGCUUUUAGCCGUGACCAUGUUCUACCUGGCCCAUAUCUCAAAACAUAUUGAUGACGGCCCUGUCUACCCCAAGAUAGCUUUCUACGAGCAACAGAUGUGCGAGAAGAACUGGUUGCCGGCAUUACUAAUGGUUGGGAAUUAUUACAACACAUUAGAAAUGUGCCACCCAGCCACUUGGUACAUCCCCUGCGACUUCCAUAUGCACGUAAUAACGCUGGUCCUUCUGUACGUGUACCGCAAAAACUCACGUAUCGGCACAGCAGCUGCCACCAUAGUGUUGGUGAUCAGUUUCAUAAUGCCCAUGAUCAUCAUAUACGUCUAUGAUUUACCAGCAAUUCUAGCCUACGAUCUUGGGGUGGAAAUAAACAUUAGACCUAACUCCACCUUUAGGAAAUUCUACAUAAAAACACACAACAGGAUGGGCCCUUACGCGAUUGGUUUGGCUGCCGGCUACCUCAUGUCUAUCUACAAGCCCAAGGAUUACAGAAAAUUCUUGUCUAAAACGGUGUCAUUCCUAGGUACUUAUGUCUCCUUGAAUCUAAUACUCGUCCUACUGGCGUUGGGUCAUCUAUGCUUAGUGUACAGAAUCCACGGAUGGCUGGCAUGCAUCUUCGCGGCUUUCGACAGAAAUCUCUUUGCCGUAGCUGUUUUAGGUGUCGUUAUCUUUUGCACUUACGGCCAAGUUCCCCUCAUCAACCCGUUCCUCAGCUGGUCUGUGUUCGCGCCACUCAGUAAGCUAUCGUACGGAAUAUAUGUCAUACACAUAACGCUCCUAUAUCAAACCUCUUCCAUGAGAGAUAAUAUGAAACAUCAUCUGUUUGAAACUCUAAUAAAUACUCUUGGGGUGGUGGUAGUGUCGCUGCUGCUGAGUCUGAUGGUUUGGCUACUCGCUGAGGCACCUCUCGUCAACAUCACGAGCCCAUACCUCAACACCAAAGGCCCUGCCAAGGAGAAAGUUGAAAUAUCGAGGAACAGUUUUCAUCAAAAUGACACAAGUAAAUCAAAAAGCAUGUGAUUGGUUCUGCUUCCUUGCUCUGUUCUCUUGUAUUAGAGGCAUUUCCUGCAUUUCCACCAUACGAUUGCCGUCAUACAUUAGCGAAUAAAUUUUUACCUUUGUUAAUUUAAGCACCUUUCAAUUUGUGAAAAAGUUGUGAUUUCCUCGACGGCGAAUGCGAUGGAGAAUUGUAAGGGAAAAAUUCAAGGAGCUGGUGGCUUAGCAACAUCAAGUUUCUUGGAGCGUUGGAGCCACGAGGCUCAGAAGUCAAACUGCGGUCCGAUAAUUACUUAUGCAUACGACGCUGGUCUAGAGACCCAGAACUGUAACAUUACGUCUUCAUUACAUAGACAUUAAUUUUAUUUUAUUUAUUAAACACUUUCAUUUCGG